UCAUGAAAAAAAAUAAAAAAUCCUCAACUCACAAGUCACGAAGGCCGCAUCUCUGCUCACCUCGCUCUCUCGGUGCGGCGUCGCCGGGGGAGGCGAGGCCCAUCCACCAUGAGAGAUCACCGGGGCGAGGCGAGGCCAGCCAUGGCGGCGCCCUUCGUCUACCGCAGCUCCUCCAUCGACGGCAACACAGAUCCACGGGGUGAUUAUCCUGGGUAUCUUCCACCUGAGGUCUCUUCAGCAUCUUAUUACACUUCAAGAGCUCCUGUGCUACCGGGUGGACCAGAUAUUCAUAGAAACGAUGUGCCAUUACAUUCAAGAGCUUAUGGUUUGGAUGGUCCAGCAGGAGUGAUUAAUCCUGCUUUGCCUGGCCUGAGUGGACUAGCUGCUGGAGCUAGGGCUCGGGGACCUGGUCCUUUGGAAGACCCAGCUUUAGCUGGGCUGAGUGGACUAGCUCCAGCUAGGGCACAGGGAUCUAUUCCAUCAGAAGAUCCGGCUUUAGUAAGGAGAAGUUCUUCUCUAGGCAAAAGUGCUGGUAUUCCAGACAUUGAGCGCCACGGCCCACUUUUGAACCUUGAUGGACCCUCAGAAGAUGAAUCCAACAUUCUUUUUGUUGAUGGUCUCCCUACUGAUUGCACAAGGCGAGAAGUAGCUCAUUUGUUUCGUCCUUUCGUUGGCUUCAAGGAUAUCAGAGUAGUGCACAAGGAACCUAGACGGAGCGGUGACAAGGCUUAUGUUCUAUGCUUUGUGGAGUUUGAGAAUGCAAAAUGUGCAUUCACUGCUAUGGAGGCUCUCCAAGAAUACCGCUUCGAUGACAGGAAGCCUGACGCCCCAGUUCUUAAGAUCCACUUUGCAAGGUUCCCUUUCCGCCUGCCUGCUGUGCAGGAUGAUAGGAAACGCCCUAUCGUGCACUGAUUACUAUUUUCUAUCAUGCAGCUAGCAGUGUAAUCUAGGCAGCGGGCACUGUAGGUGAUCUGUGAUCAGCUUGUAUGCAACCUGUAAUGAGCAGCUGUCAAUAUGGUUAUCAGGAGUCUUGUAUGGCACUAGCACAUGGAAUGAUGGAAUAUGCCUUUCUUUGCCCCA